AUGUUCUGGGGUUUAAGUUCUAGUAGUUUUAGGGUUUGGGGAUGGGACGUGGUCGGCCGAAGAAGAAGAUGGCGCAGACCCCACUGCCGAGGUUUAGAGUUUUCUCGUUGGCACCAAACUCAGGUGAGAGGAAAGGAAAUACAAGUAAAUCAGGUGAAAAGAAGGGAACCCCCAAGCAACAGUGAUACGAGUGGUGACAACACUGAGAUAAAGACGACCUUGUUGGAGAUGGCUCUAGAAGAACAUAUCGAAGUUGAAAAAAAUGAGGAUAAAUCACCUCAAUUAUGGGUGGAUAUGAUAAAGCGGAAUCGAUUACCAGUGAAUGGAAUUGAGAUCACAUAUACUACUCCUAGAGUAAUCAAUGGUGAAAUUGAGGUUCAGAUUGAGGAACGAGAUGUGGCAUCUGGAAAAUAUUUUUGGAAGAAGGUGCUCAUCAUACCUUAUACCAUCUACAAGAAACCAAACUUGCUACAUGAAUGGCCACCCACAUUUAUAUUGAAGGAUAAUGUUCUAAGGGAUGAUGGGCAUCACCUGUAUGAUGCCCUAGGCGUCAUGAACUAUGAAGCGCUAACGGGUUCCAGGCAUAUGACGAGGAAAUCGUCAUGGUCUCCAAGAAAACGUAGCCUUGUCGGUCAUCACAUUUGUGACGUGUUGAGGGAUGAAGAGGAUGAUGGGUGUCACCCUGGUGAUAUGUUACCCGUCAUCGUAUCAGUGGACUGUUUCAAAUGUGGCGUUGAAGGUCAUCGUGCUGUUGAUUGUAGUAAGGAUUUUGUGACGUGUUUCAAGUGUGGCAAGAGUGGUCACAGAGCAAACCAGUGUGGAGUUGGUUCGAGUGUGACUUGUUACAAUUGUGGUGAGAAAGGUCACAUUAGUACCAAAUGUGAUAAGCCAAAGAAGGAGCAAGCGAAGGGAAAGUUGUUUGCAUUGUCUGGUGCGGAGGCCACUACCGAUGAUAGGCUAAUCCAAGGUACGUACUUUAUUAAUGGUACACCUUUGAUUGCCAUUAUUGAUACCGGUGCAACACAUUCUUUCAUUUCUUUGGAUUGUGCUAAGAGAUUGAAUCUUAUAUUAUCUGAUAUGCGUAGAAGUAUGGUUAUUGAUACACCUGCUAUGGGUUCUGUUUCUACUUCCUAUGUGUGUCUGAAUUGUCCGUUGAGUAUCUUUGGUAGGGAUUUUGGAAUUGAUUUAGUUUGUCUUCCUUUAGAGCAGCUUGAUGUGAUUUUGGGUAUGAAUUGGUUAGAAUUUAAUCGGGUGUAUAUCAACUGUUUCGAGAAGACGGUUAUUUUUCCUGAGGUCGGUGCUAAGGAAGAUUGGUUUGUGUCUGCUAAGCAAGUUGAUGAAUCGGUGCAAGGUGGGGCCGAGUUGUUUAUGUUGUUGGCAACCUUGGAUAUUCAUGAGAAGAAGACGAUUGAAGAAUUGCCAAUAGUUUGUGAGUUUGCGGAGGUAUUUCCGGAAGAUAUACGUGAUUUACCGCCGGAACGUGAGGUUGAGUUUUCUAUUGAUUUAGUUCCUGGAACUAGUCUUGUAUCGAUGGCUCCCUAUAGAAUGUUUGCUUCUGAGUUGAAAGAGUUGAAGAGUCAACUUGAAGACUUGCUUGAGAAGAGGUUUAUUCGUCCUAGUGUGUCGCCG